GCCGCAGCGGAAAAGAGAAACAGUGAUGUGAGUGUCCUCAGUGCAGAGUGGACCGCAGCAGAGAAACGCGUAGCGGGGCUUUUCACGCACACUGUGGGUGCAGAGCAGCGGGCGCCGCCUCAGGGAUGUGACACUUUGGGCAGAAGCGGCACUGACGCGGAGACGGAGACGCGCUGUAGUAACACUCUCUGCCCUCUCUGAUGGGGUCACCACAGAGCUGGACUUUGGACCUGGACAGUGCGCAGUGACUGGAGAGUGCGCAGUGACAUGGAGAGUGCACAGUGACAUGGAGAGUGCACAGUGACGUGCCGCGCGAUCGGAUUGCUUUUGCUCUUUUCACCAAGUGCGCUUUUCCCCGGACAUGUCUGUGCUGUUACUCGCGCUGUGCCUCGCGGAUGGAGUGCUCGGACAGAUCCGCUACUCGGUGCCGGAGGAGGCAGAACAUGGCACGCUCGUAGGGAAUAUCGCAGAGGACCUGGGGCUGGAUCUGACCAAACUGGCGUCCCGCCGUUUCCAAGUGGUUCCCAAUUCCCGCAGCCCGUACCUCGAGGUCAACCUGGAGAACGGCGUGCUGUUUGUGGCCAAUAAAAUCGACCGAGAGCAGAUCUGUAAGCAAAGCGCGAGCUGCCAGCUCAACAUGGAGGUGUUUCUGGAGGACCCCCUGGAGCUGUUCAGAGUGGAGAUCGAGGUGGUGGACAUUAACGACAACCCGCCGAGCUUUCCCGAGACGGACAUCACGGUGGAGAUCUCCGAGAGCGCAACUCCGGGCACGCGCUUUCCGCUCGAAAGCGCUUUUGAUCCAGACGUGGGUUCCAACGCUUUACGCACGUACGACAUCACUACAAACAACUACUUUCACCUGGACGUACAGACGCAGAGUGAUGGGAACCGCUUUGCAGAGUUGGUUCUGGAGAGGUCUUUGGACCGGGAGCAGCAGGCAGCGCACCGGUACGUGCUGACGGCUGUGGACGGGGGGCAGCCUCCGCGCACAGGGACCGCUCUGCUGGUGGUCAAAGUGCUGGAUUCUAAUGACAACGUGCCCGUGUUUGAGCAGCCCGUGUACAGUGUGAGUUUGACCGAGAACGCGCCCGCGGGCACGCUGAUCAUCCAGCUCAAUGCCACAGACCAGGACGAGGGCCCGAACGGGGAGGUGCUCUACUCUUUCAGUAACCACAUCUCCAGCCGCGUGAAGGACCUGUUCAGCAUCGAGCCGCGCACGGGGCGCGUGGAGGUGCGCGGGGAGGUGGACUUUGAGGAGAGUGGACUGUACCAAAUCUUUGUCCAGGCCAAGGACCAAGGGCCCAAUGCCAUUCCAGCGCACUGUAAAGUGUUGGUCAAAGUUAUGGACUCAAAUGACAAUGCCCCCGAGAUCAUGUUCAGUACAGUGACUGAGUCCGUGAGCGAGAGAGCGGCCCCGGGCACGGUCAUAGCGCUGCUCAGCGUCACGGACAAAGACGCAGAGGAAAACGGACAAGUGCACGUGGAAAUCCUGGGUGACGUCCCCUUCAAACUCAAGUCCUCUUUCAAAAACUAUUACACCAUCGUGACGGACGGAGCACUGAACCGGGAGCAGGCGGAUUCCUACUCUGUCACGGUCGUGGCGAGGGACAAGGGCUCGCCCUCACUGGCCACCAGUAAAUCUAUCCGCGUGCAGGUGUCGGACGAAAACGACAACGCGCCCACAUUUACACAGCCAGUAUAUGACGUGUACGUGACAGAAAACAAUGUCCCGGGAGCGUACAUUCACGCCGUGAGUGCCGUGGACCCAGACGUUGGCCCCAACGCGUUGAUCAGUUACUCCAUUUUGGAGUGUGACAUCCAGGGCAUGUCGGUGAAGACGUACGUGUCCAUUAAUGAGGACACGGGCUACGUGUACGCACUGCGCUCCUUCGACUAUGAGCAGCUCAAGGAGUUCAGCUUUAUGGUCCAGGCACAGGACUCGGGCUCCCCCCAGCUCUCCUCCAACGCCACUGUCAAAGUCAUCAUAGUUGACCAGAACGACAACACUCCCAUAGUACUCGCUCCUCUGGGGAAGAACGGUACGGCCCGGGAACCUCUGCCCCGGUCUGCAGAGCCCGGCUACCUGGUGACCCGUGUGGUGGCCAUGGACGCGGAUGAUGGAGAGAACGCGCGCCUGUCCUAUAGCAUUCAGAGGGGCAACGAGAACGCCAUGUUCCGCAUGGACUGGAGGACAGGAGAGCUGAGGACCGCCCGGAGGGUCUCUGCCAAACGGGACCCCCACCAGCUGUAUGACCUGCUGAUCGAAGUGAGGGAUCACGGGCAGCCCCCCCUGUCAUCCAGCGCCAGCGUGCAGGUGGUACUGGUGGACAGUGUAGCCGAGGGCCGGGGGCUGGACCGCGGGGGGGCCAAGGCCAAAGACGGAGCCUUAGACCUGACCCUGAUCCUCAUCAUCGCGCUGGGCUCGCUCUCCUUCGUCUUCCUGCUCGUGAUGAUUGUAUUGGCUGUGCGCUGUCAGAAGAAGCAGAAGAUCAGUGUGAUCACGUGCCUGACCAGUGACUGCUGCCUGGGCCCCUGCUGCUCGCAGCAGACCAGGGGCCGCAAGAAGAAGCUGAGUAAGUCCGACAUCAUGCUGGUGCAGAGUGCCGUGAACGUAAGCGGACCCGGGACAGCUCAGGUCCCGGUGGAAGAGUCCGGGACCUUCGGUUCCCACCACCAGAACCAAAACUAUUGUUACCAGGUGUGCCUCACGCCGGAGUCUGCCAAAACGGACCUGAUGUUCCUCAAGCCGUGCAGCCCCACGCGCAGCACGGAGGAGAACCCGUGUGCGGGGCUCGGCUACACGGACCAGCAACCGGACAUCAUCUCCAACGGCGGUUUACUGUCCGAGACCAAACACCCGUGCUCCGAGCUGAGUUACCUGGUGGACCGGCCUAGACGGGUAAACAGCUCAGCGUUCCAGGAGACAGAUCUGGUCAGCUCCAAGGACAGUGGUCAUGGAGACAGUGAGCAGGGAGACAGUGACCACGAUGCCACCCAUCGGGGACACUCCUCUGGGGCAGACCUUUUCUCCAACUGCACAGAGGAGUGCAAGGCUCUGGGCCACUCGGACCGCUGCUGGAUGCCAUCCUUUGUGGCCACUGAGCGCCAGGGCUCAGACUACCGCAGUAACCUCCAUGUGCCCGGUAUGGACGCCGUCCCGGAGACUGAGAGAGGAAAAGCCUUUGCUAGCUCAUUCCGCAUGGACAUCCCAGACACAGCGUGACUUGCACAAUCAGCCCCGACUCACACAGAGUAUCUAUACAGUACCAGGGGCCCCCGGGCGCCCCUCAGCGGGACCACUGCCAGCCCUGAAGUGCUGUUGGGAGUACGGGGGGAGAUUGGGGCAGAGCUGGACUCUCAGCCCGUCUGUGGAGCGCUGUAGCGAAGGGACCAAUCACACACCUGUUUGUUCAUCUGGUGUGCCUGUUUACAGCACUGGACUCACGAGUGACAGUUUUUUAUACAAUCUGUAGGAUGAAGGCUUUGCUUCCACAGCCCAUUGCCCACAGUUCAGCUCGCCAAACACCGACCUGCCCCAACCCUGCCAUGGGACCACUGCUGUGUCUUGUCCUGCCAGAAACAGCCAUAUGUUGAGGAAUGCCAAAUGCACUGUUCCGAGCACUAUAGAGCCACCAUUGUACCACUUCUGUACGGGACGCUAACCAAGUUUCCACUAGAUAUCUUUGGAUAUAAAUGAGUAUUUGGGUCAUAUGUUUUGGGGACAUUAUUUUGAUGGUUGUAAUCAUUGUAUAUUUGCCUCAGUCUAUAUGAGCAGAAGAUUAUUAAAAGAACUUCACAUUUUGAGUUGAUCCGUGUUCACAGUUAGCCAUCCUUCUCCAUGUUGAUGUGCUGUGCUGGAAUGAACUGUAGGGGGCAGUGGAAGCGACGCUCAUGCUAGAGAGAGAAGCGACAGAAGAAGCCCUUUAUGUGUACAUAUAAAGGGCUCCCCCCCACACACACACAUGCUGUCGGACGCACGCCUCCUCUCCUCACUUGUCAGUAUAAAGAAGUGACUAAUUUAAUGAUCAAAAAAGUUUUAUAUUGUAAAGUUAUUCUUGAGUUUGAAGCUUGUUUUUUGUAUUUUUUAAACAAUGGUCAGUUUUAAUUGUUUUAUUUCAGUGAAGCUCAAAUAUGAUUAAUUUGUGAACCAUAUUCCUUAAAGGUGCACUGUGUGACUUUUCUGGUGGGUUUGUUUACAAAGCAUUGUCAUGGCUGUGCCUGAAUUUUUUCACAGUAUGGCAUUAAUUAAACAUGUCUAGAACUGAUUUCAUUAGUGGUGUUUUUAUUGCUUUUACAAAUACUUUGAAAUACACACAUCCUUAAAGAGGGGGAUUACACUUCUAAGAGGUAUUAACUGCUAACAUGUAACACGUUUUAGAUCACCACGUUACCUUUCAUUGUUUUGAAAAUGCUACAUGAGUCUGAGUCUCCCUUCCUUUUGCUCCCUGCUUUAAGUCACUCCCCCUUCAGAGUGCUAUCACAACACAA